AUGGUCACUCUUCGAUGGAUAGUCGGCGUGGCUGCUGCUGCCUCUGCUGCGUCAGCGAGUGUGUUUGAUUUUAUAAUGCCGUCUGGUGUUCUUGAGCGGAAUGAUCUCACACUUCUGAAGCGCGAAAAUCUCUCAGUCGGCUCUCCGCUCUACAACUGCCAUGACAAUUGCGGUAUGGCGAUCGAGGAGAUCCAGAACUGCGGCAGCAUUUGCAAUGAUACGACGUUUAUCACGGACUAUAACAACUGCCUGCAAUGCUCCGGCUCGGAUAAUGAGGAUAUCUGGCAAUGGUACGGGCCAGAGUUGAACACCAGCGCAGCAGCUUGUGGCUUCUCCGUCACACCUCUGAAUGGUACACAGGACAGCGUCGGUACCGCCAUCACGGCUAGCAACACCACUGCGGCCUGUACCGCUGCUCAGGAGGCCAGCAGCUCGGCCUCGGCCACCAGUUCCUCUACUUCUGCAUCGAGCACUAGCUCCUCUCUUAUGGAGCCGUUGUUGUUGUAG